CGAAUCUUAUGGAAAGAAAAUGGAGAACUACCAGCGGAAAAUGAGAAAUGUGGGAAUAAAACCAGAUCCACUUCAAUACAGUCAUUUAAAUUCAUUAUUAAUGAAAAAGAGAAGUGUAAAGAUAAAACACCUUUCUUGAUAUUGCUAAUAGCAACGACAGCUGCUGAAAUUCAGCACAGAAGAACCAUUAGAAAAACUUGGGGAAGUGAAUCUGUGGUUCCAGGAGUUGAGGUUGUUCGGUUGUUUAUGCUGGGCCUUGAGAGCAAGGGUCCCAGUGAGGUCCUACUGAGAGAAAGCGAGCAAUAUCAUGAUAUUAUUCAACAGGACUUUUUGGACACUUACCAUAACUUAACUCUUAAAACUCUGAUGGGCAUGAAGUGGGUUGCCUCGUAUUGCAGUGGUGCAAGCUUUGUUAUGAAGACAGACAGUGAUGUUUUUGUUAAUACAAUAUACCUAAUAGAAAAGCUCCUCAGGCCUCUUUCACCUCCUCCACAAAAUUAUUUCACAGGCUGUCUUAUGAAAGGGCAUAAGCCUAUUCGGAAUAAAAAAAGUAAAUGGUACAUAUCAGAAGAAGAAUACCCAGGUGACAAAUACCCUCCUUUUUGUUCAGGAACUGGCUAUGUCUUUUCUGGUGACCUGGCUUCAAAAAUUGUCAGUGCUUCUAUAACGACAAAAUAUAUACAUUUGGAAGAUGUUUAUGUAGGUCUCUGUCUUAAUGCAAAGGGAAUACAGAUAGUACCUCCACCUAGUCAGUCAUUGUUUAACAUAUACAAGGUCCCAUUUUCUCCUUGUGUGUACAGUAAUAUAAUUACAUCUCAUCACGUUCAGAUACACGAGGACAUAAUCUAUUGGGAAACAUUGCAAAAGAACAACCACGGAUGUCAGACAGAAUAGAAAGGCCCAUAGCAAAGAGUCCUUUCUUUCUUUCUUUGACAAUGGACAAAACAGCAGAUGUUUUCCUAGAAACAGAGCAUCUAUAUAGUGAUGACUUUCAAGGUUCUGGGACAUCCUGAAGCACUGGUAUAGUUUUUGUAUUAGGUUGCAUUCAAAGGACUUUUCUUCCAUAAAGCAGGCUUUUUCUGUUGACUGAAUAUUGCUUGGUACCUUACUUUUGUUUUGGAUGAGGCGCCAAUUAAUUCCUGAACUGUUUUAAAAUAUGGCAAGAGAUCAUAUCAAUAUACUGAAGAAAAAGCAAUGAAAAUGCGAUGAAACUUAAUUUUUCAUUAACAAGUAAUAAUAAGUUAAUGUGUUGAUUUUACAUUGCUCAGAUGUAAUGUACCAUUACAUUUACUCAGAUGGCAUUCCAGUGUGACUGAAGAAGAAAGCAUACAUGAUAUGCUGGUGAAUUAGUGAUAGAAAUAUGGAUGGAAACUGCUUUUUUUCAGAAAAUCUAAUAUUAGGAUUUGCCAGAUCUCUAUUAGUGCAUGCAGCUGCUAUUACUCUGUAGUCAUAUAUACAAUGAACGCCUCACACACAAGAUACCACUUAGUCAUUAUUAUGGAGAUUAAUAAACAAGAGGGAAAUUAAGUGCUGAUAGAAUGUUUUCACAGGAAUGUAUUAAAUUCCAUUUUGGGUUACUCAGCCAUGUACAAAAUAUCCUCAUACCUAUGGAAAAAAUAAGAUGACACUUAAUAACCUGGCAAGCUAAAAGUUUCAGUCAAAAUAUCUAUGUAAGUAAAUCACUUUCCAGAUUUCUCUUCAUCCAAGAAUAUAAAUUAUCUGCUAUUCCUAAUAAGAAUUAGGAGACCUUUACAGUAAUUACUGAGUGGGCCAACUGGCUGGAUUAAUUGAAUAGCUAGAAAAAAGUACCUGUAGCUUUGCAGGAAGCUUAUUGGAUGCAUGUGGAAAUCAAAAUGUCAAUCACACAAAUACCAAAUACUUCAGCUAGAGCCAAAGUGAGAAUAUAAUACAUUUACCCCUACUGUCAUUUUAUAAUCUUACAUUAUGAUGUUUAAUAAAGAAACCUAAUUGAAUUACAGGUCUUCUGUGGGGAAAAUAACCCU